GACAGUUGUCAAUUUGAUGUGUUAUUUUUAUUUGUGACUGUGGUUGUGUUGAUAGGGUAUUUUUUAUUGUAAUUCCCUUGUUGAUUUUAACAAAGAUUCCUCGACAAAGGUUUUCGAAACUUAUAGAAGAAACGAUGGAGAAGCCAAAUGUUACUAUUUCGGACCAACCUCCACCAUAUUCAGCAACUAUGCCACCUGGUCCACUACCUCAACCAGCACCACAGCCAGUUGGGAUGCAAGGAGUAGCAUAUCCACCUCCUCCUCCUGGUUACACCCCAUAUGCCACUGCACCUCCACCUACAGCCUUUGUACCAAACUAUGGAGCCACUAACAUUGUGAUCACACCACCAAUAAUCACCGUAGGAGCCUGUCCAGCAUGCCGUGUUGGUAUUCUAGAAGAUGACUUCACAUGCCUCGGCAUCCUCUGUGCUAUUCUCUUCUUCCCGCUUGGAAUAUUAUGCUGCUUAGCAAUGAAAAACAGAAGGUGUUCAAACUGCGGAGCACUAUUUGGGUAACAAAAACUGGAUUUGUAUCAAGAUAAAGAAUUAAGUAUGGAAAACUCUCAUACAUGAAUAAGUAUAAUUUCAUAUUUUUAUAUAUCAAAACUAUCCAUAUAUAAAAAUUAUAAAAAGAGCUAUACAUGCAAUUGAAACAUUUGUAUAUACUAUGGUCUGUGAUUUUGCUUGAAUAUUACAUAAAAUUAAGGCUUGUAAUAUCAAUUAGGUUUACAAAUAUACCUAUGCUGACAUAAGUAUGCUAUACAGCAAUAUAUAAAAUAUAUAACUAUUCAAACAUUCCAGAAAUUCAAUAACAUAUUAGUUAAAAUCUAAACAAUGUUUUGUAUUGAAAAACAAAGUACUAUACAGUACAGAUUUUUAUUAUUAAGAAAAGUUUAUUCUAAACUAUGUUUUAAAUACAUUAGGCACCUUUCUUUAACAGAUGAAAUAAAUUAUUAGCACAGGAAAUGUGGCAAACAGUUGAUAGCAAACUUUCUAUUGCUAAAACAUGAUUUUUUUUCUCUUUCUAAGAGACCGAUAAGUUUUUCUGGUCAAAUAUUAUGAAUGCUAACUAGUAUCUACUAUGAUUGACACAAUCAUUGUCGUACUGUAGCUUCCUGGGUACAUUUUAUGUCAAUUUCUGUUAUUGUGUUGGAUUUACACAUUUUCAGACAAACAUAACCUCAAAUGCACCUCUUAACGGCUCACAUAUCUUUGUUUGACUAUAUAUAAGCUUGUAGAACUAUAACUGGCAUAUAAUAGGCGUUUGCUUUAGUGAUGAAAAUAUAUUUUUUUUUUGGAAAUGUAAACAAUUUUCAAAAUGAAGCCAUUUUUAAACUUAAUGCAUGCUU